UUCUUAACGUGUGAGACACGAGGUGAAAUAUUAUAACUGAACCCAACAUAAUUAGAAGUCUAUUAUUAUCUGAUUAAUAAACAGUUUGAAAAUUUAUAUUAAGUCUACAACUUCUUGAGUUAGGGCCUGGGUUAAAGAUUGUUAAACAAUGAACAGGCAAGAAGUAUGUCUCCAGAUUGUCCAGGGUCUGGAGAAUGUGUGGAACGAGAACAUUUUAUUUGACUUUGCAGUGAGAGUUCAGGAUAAAACCAUCGAAUGCCAUCGUCUCGUCCUAGCGGCGUGUUCAGAAUUUUUCAGGGCGCUGUUCAGGUCUGGGAUGAAAGAAGUCACAGAAAACUGUGUAGUGCUUGAAGAUGUGUCAUGCCAAGUUUUCCGCUUAAUUUUGGAUUUCAUAUACAAAGGAAUAAACACGAUUUCUCCAGAUAAUUUUAUUGAAGUUUGGAGAGCAGCACAUAUGCUACAGUUUAACUUCCUUGUGAGUUUUUGUGAGGAGUUUUCUAUUGGAGCAUGCUCCCUUGACACCUGGGAAAACAUUUAUACAAAUGCAAAACUUUUUGGUUCGGAAAAAGUUCUCAAUCACCUCCAUACAUUUAUGUUAAAGAACUUUGAACAGAUUAGUCUUUCAUCAACAUUUCUUCAACUUUCUUUCAAUGAACUCGAAAAUUUGUUAAAAAGCCAAGACCUUGGUGUUACCACAGAAGAUUUAGUUCUUCAAUCAGUGAUCAAGUGGAUUGAAUAUGUAUCUCCUAGUCAGAUAAACGAGUGUUUGAAUGAUAAUCUGGAUUUAUCAAUUAGCAAUAAUGAUUUGAAGACUCAAUCUACUUUACCAAGUCAAGAUGAAAAUGAAUUUGAAGAAAAGGCUACUUAUCUUAAUGAUGAUACAAGAAAAGAUGUAGAAGUUUUCACUUCUGCUAAAAGAGAUUUCAAUGACAUGUUUACUGAUUUAUCAAAGGCUUCUAUGCAAACAGUGUACAUGUCUAGAAAAGACAAACUGACAGAACUGUUGAAGCUAGUGAGGACACAUCUGGUUUCUCCUGCUCUCUUAUCUGAAGUCCUAAAGAUGGAAUUAGUUUUGGAAAAUGAGGAUUCUAAAAAAAUAUUGGUCGACGCUGUGUCAUAUCAUACCAAUGAUUUUAGACAUGGUCAGUGGCCAUCAGCGGCUAUCCACAGAUCUAGUAGUGAGUACAUACAUGCUGGGGUGUUUGCUGUUUGUCCCGGACUUUUAGCAUGUGUAGGCGCCUGCUCAGAAGAACCAGUUGAUGUUGUAAGAUGUGAAAAUAUAGCCUGUAAGCAACUCGUCACUUUUGACAAUGAGCUCUAUGCUACAGGAAUACACAACAACCAACCCAAUGGAUCUUGUCAAAUGUUUCUUCUUCGUGACAAAGAUUGCAGAGAAAUUAUUGAAAUGCCAAGUCAGAAUGUGUUACUAAUAGCAUUCGGAGACUUUAUCUAUGUCGUAAAUAAAGAUGAUGGAUUUAUAUACAAUAUAAAUCCCAAAGAUAGAAACCCGAGUUUAGAUAAGUUAACACAGUUUCCAGAAAAUAUCGAUGUUAAACAUGCUUCGAUUGUAGAAAAUUUUCUUCUUUUAUUUUGUUCAGAAAUGGAGAACGGCAAUGACGAGACAGCCAUUCAUAAAAUGGAUUUUUCGUCCCAAGUGUGGACUAAAAUUAACAACCUAGAAGGACCAGCAGAACAACUCAUUAGUUUCAGGAAUGACAACUUUAAUUAUAUAUUACAGACAAACGGAAGUUUAUGGCUUGUACCAAAAGCAUCUAACAAUGGAAACAUCGAGUUUACAUUUCUUGCUAAGCUCUGGAAUUUCCAAAAGAGUUUGUAUGGUGCGUUAACGUUUUAUAAAAAACUAAUCAUCAUGGAUGACAAAUCCCAGGGUGGUCCUCCUGAUGAGAGCUGUAGACAAGACGUACCUGGCCACUUUGAUUCAAUUUCUUUCUGGGGAAGAUUUGGCAUUCGUUCAAAUUUUGUUCCAAUCACUAAACUAAAACCAACUGACUUGGACUAAAAUAUUUGAACAAGUGAACUUUUAAACUUGUCAUUGUUGGAAAUUUAAGUUUUUCUGUAUGAUUUUAAAAUUUGUUACCUGUUGAUAUUUUCUCAACAAUUUUUGACCGAUGCUGUGUUGUGUUAAAACUGACUUGGACUAAAAUACUUGAACCAGUGAACUUUUAAACUUGUCAUUGUUGGAAAUUUAAUUUUUUCUGUAUGAUUUUAAAAUUUGUUUCCUGUUGACAUUUUCUCAACAAUUUUUGACCGAUGAUGCUACCCUUAAAUUACGCGGUCUAAAUAUUAUUUGUUACUUGAGUUGUGGAUUAUAAACU